AAGAAAACUCAGCAGAGACUUCCAGAUUCUUAUUUGAUAAAGCUGAAAACACCUUUUAUGACCAUCAGAAACCUUUCAUUUUGAGAUUGUGAGUAUGCUCUCUCUCAGGUGGUAUUAGUUGGAAGUGAGUAUCAUUUUAUACCUAUUAAAGAUACAGUCAAUAAUAGCAAUACUUUCCAAUUAAUCCUAAACCAGUCAAAGCUUGGUGUUUUAAAGGUUAUGGCUUAGCACCUUGUAUGAGUUUCUGCAAGCUUUUGUCUGUGAAGCAAUGUGAGUUCCAUUUCGCUAGGCUUGGCGGAUUCAUUUGGCACAACCUUAGCUUUGAGGCAACUAAUAACUCCAAGUCCCAGGUGUGAAGGAAAGUUUGUCAUGCAAGAUUUAUUGAUAGCAGUGGGCCUUCUUGGUGGUGGCGCCCGCCCUGUGGAACACCCUCCCACCAGAUGUCAAGGAAAUAAACAACUAUCUGACUUUUAGAAGACAUCUGAAGGCAGUUUUUAAUGUUUGUUGUUUUAUGUGUUCUUAAUAUCCUGUUGGAAGCUGUCCAGAAUGGCUGGGGAGGCCCAGCCAGAUGGGUGAGGUAUAAGUAAUAAAUUAUUAUUAUUAUUAUUAUUAUUAUUAUUAUUAUUAUUAUUAGACAUACUAGUGGUAGAUAAUUCAAUAAAUGGCUACUAACUAUAAUUAGAGGUGGCUCAAAACCACCCUGAGAUUUGCAGCUGAAUGGCAGAGGGCCUUCUCGGUAGUGGCGCCCACCCUGUGGAACGCCCUUCCACCAGAUGUCAAGGAAACAAACAGCAAUCUGACUUUUAGAAGACAUCUGAAGGCAGCCCUGUUUAGGGAAGUUCUUAAUGUGUGAUGUUUUGUUGUGUUUUUAAUAUCCUGUUGGAAGCCGCUCAGAGUGGCUUGGGAGGCCCGGCCAGAUGGGCGGGGUAUAAAUAAUAAAUAAUAAUAAAUAACAACCAUCAUCAUCAUUCUGCUGUCUGAGACAGAGCCUUCCCCACACCGAAUGCACCACCUGAGACAGCUGCUUUAUCUAACAGUAGCUUCGACGAUGGUCAUGAUGGCUACAUACUCCCUGAAGAGCCAGAAAAAUAUAUUAUUUAUUAUCCCUGACUAAUAUAUUUAACUGCUGUUAGAAUGCCUUCGGGACGCAGGUGGCGCUGUGGGUUAAACCACAGAGCCUAGGACUUGCCGAUCGGAAGGUCAGCGGUUCGAAUCCCUGCGACGGGGUGAGCUCCCGUUGUUUGGUCCCUGCUCCUGCCAACCUAGCAGUUCGAAAGUACAUCAACGUGCAAGUAGAUAAAUAGGUACCGCUCCAGCGGGAAGGUAAAUGGCGUUUUCGUGUGCUGCUCUGGUUCGCCAGAAGCAGCUCAGUCAUGCUGGCCACAUGACCCGGAAGCUGUACACCGGCUCCCUCGGCCAGUAAAAUGAGAUGAGCGCCGCAACCCCAGAGUCGGCCACGACUGGACCUAAUGGUCAAGACCUAAUGGACUGGACCUAAUGGUCCCUUUACCUUUACCUUUAAGAAAAAUAAUAUACGUAGCUGGUAACCUGCAUUUUGGGGCUAGGGGGAAGCAACAUUGGCUUCCUAACUGUGUGAUUCCUCAAAAGCUUUCCUGACAAUUAACAAAUUAACCCUAAUCAGAAGACGAGAAGCUUCCUUGAAAGAUUUCUCCUUGAAUACACAAUAGCAGGCAAGGAUUGAGUUCUCCAAGGUAAAGCACACAGUUUGGAUAAAGUAAUGGCGAGAUCCAGCUGGCACAAUUUGUUCAUUCCGCCAGUGAAUCAGCAUUUAAAGGAUUCCCUGAAAACACAGUGUUUGGAAAUUCUUGUCCCUUUCUUUCUCUGUUGUUAAAGGCUGUGCCACUCACCAUCAGGGAGUUUAGUUAAGAAUUGCUUUGCUUCCACAAGUGUUACCUUGGGGGGAGGGGGAACCAUAGAAUUGUAGAAUCAGAAGAGAUCUAGUCCUAUCAGAAGAGAUCUAACCCAUGACCCAUUAGAUCGUGCUCUAAUGACCGAGGAAAUUAUUUAUAAAUGAAUGCUACCCACUUCGUUGGUGUUUCUGUCGCCAGAAAAAGAACUUCCCUGAGAAAUGUACUUAACCUCUGCUGGAACUGUUACAGUUUCUGCGUUUAUUCUGUUUCGUUUUGCUUUUGAAUUCACUGCUGUUCUAUUUUUAUCCAUGCAAUUUGCAUCAGGUGCUCUUGAAACCACUGCCUCACAUCCAGGAAUUGACACAUCCAGCCGAUCAAGGCCUCAAGGUCUUCACUUCUCAAGAGGGAUAUACGGAAGAAAAAAGCAAGAAGAAAAGGCCAUGAAUGCUCUACUUGGAUUCAGGCUUUGCACUGCCACUGCAGCCAUGCUUUUCAUUUGCACAGAGGUUUGGCCUGUUGCUUUUGCAACAGCAGAACAACCCCAGCCUGUGGCUAUCUGGCUCAAACUGAAAGCCAACAGUUUGAACCAAGAUGUGUGUGAGGAGCUGGGCACAUGUGAAACCGUCUGGGAGGAUCUCCCUCGGAUGAGUCUCCACCUUCCAGACAUUGAUGACAUAGAAGAAUGCUUCCCCCCUGAAUUCAAAAGGGAAGUCUGCCUGAGACGCCUUUCCAGGGGACUUUAUGUAUUUAGUACCUUUCUGAAAUAUUUGCAUCAACAUUUGUAUGCCACCGAACCACAUACCUAUUUUUGGCAACAAACGGAGAAGCUCGCCCAGACCACGAAGUCGUUGAUGGAUCAUCCUAGCACUUUGAUCUUCCCAGAUGUAAAUGUUGCAAAAUCUGUUGAGGCAGUGAAAGCAGCUCACACUGGUUGGACGCCCUCCAUUCUCAGGCACCUGGUACUGAGAAAGUAUAUUGAAUUCAUGGAUGCAACUGCAAGAGCGUAUUUCUACGUUAAAAGAAACUAGAGUUUAUGGAUAAAGAUUAAUCAUGUGCACCGACAGCCGCUUAUGAGAAAUCAACUAUUUGGAUGGAGAAAAUGACCCAGAAUUCACCAAGUAAAAUGAUUUAGAAUCCACAAUGUAGCCCACAUCCUUAACUUUGGUCAGCGAGCCAACACUGACAGGUUUUGGAAGCACAACUUCCAUGAGGCUCCCCUUAAGCAUCAAUCAAAUUGUUAGUUAGAGACAGCCUCCCUGAUGUAUCUGCAGAGGCAUAAUUCUCAUAAAAGUGAGGAGUUUGUGGAGAAAUCCAAAAGAGCUCCUAAAACUAGAUUUCCCCCACUUCAGAUAAAAUAGUUUGUAGCUAAAGCACCUCCCCCGUUGUUUUGAGUUAUGAAUUACCAUCAGAAGGAAGGAAGGAAGGAAGGAAGGAAGGAAGGAAGGAAGGAAGGGUUUGUAUUUGAUAUCCUACUUUAUCACUACCCUAAGGAGUCACAAAGCAGCUCACAAUCUCCUUUUCCCUUCCUCCCCCUCAACAAACACUCUGUGAAGUGAGUGAGGCUGAGAGACUUCAGAGAAGUGUGACUAGCCCAGGGUCACCCAGCAGCUGCAUGUGGAGGAGCGGAGACGCGAACCCAGUUCACCAGAUUUCUAGUCUACCGCUCUUAACCUCUACACCACGAAAGAAAGAAAGAAUGAAAGAAAGAAAGAAAGAAUGAAAGAAAGAAAGAAAGAAAGAAAGAAAUACACGUGCUUUAAAAAAAACAAAUAAAAGGGCUCUUUCUUUCUUUCUUUCUUUCUUUCUUUCUUUCUUUCCAGAGAAAGCUUUCACUGCCCUUUUGGCAGCGCUUCCCAACCCCCUGAUAAUCAGCUGACUGGUUGCUUGCGAAGUUCUUCCUAGGCUCCGAUAACACCUAGAGUGCCACAAGUUGUUCAUCCCUGUCUUAGUGGAGAACAUUAUUCUGCUUUACCUUCUGUACUACUACGAUGAUUUAUUAUAUAUUUUGCAAGUGAGGGAAGAUUUUAAAUGUUUAACCUUCUGAAAUUAUGUCACUUGCCUUCCAAAUGCAAACGAUCACUUCAUGUGAAAGUUAUAGGAUUGCUUGACUGAUUGCAUUUCUUUGCCCAAAGUGGCUUACAAACAAUAAAUAAUGAUAACAUAAUAAAACAUGAUAGAACGACACAAAUACAGCAGAAAUCAUAGAGAGAGGCACUUAGCCUCAUUUCUUCUCCCAUUAGAUUUGCCCAGUCCUUUUUGCCACUGGUCACCUGCAUAUUCUUUUACCUCAUAGGAGUAGAAUGUGCACUAUCCUUUAUGAAGUCUAAGUUAGCUUCAGAAUGCCUUGAUCUGGACACAACCUGCACACACGUCGACUUUGCCCAGUGGUGCAGGGCUCAGGUAGUGGGGGCAGACGAAAUCACAUCUCUCCUGGUGAGAUUUUGUGGGAUCUCAUGGGAUGACAAUUAUCUCGUGGGAUAUUGCAGGGAGAUAGGAGGAGCCAAGACCUUAAAAUCCCUCACCCAUUUGCUCCUUGUGAGAUGCUCAUUGUUGGUGUUAAGCCUCACUGGGGAAGUCACUGGCUGACAGGGCCAAAAAUUAUUUCCCACCCCCCUUCCAACCUUAAUUGGCUCCUGGGUUGGGGGCUUUCCCAGCCUUCCCCUCAGUAGCAUAUGGCUUAUUUAUGUUAGUCAGUCUUGGAAUUUUGUAUGUUCCUGCAGGAUCAGCACAGAAAGGAAACCCCAUGAGAGGUUGGGGGUGGAGUAUUGGUUACGGCACACUCUAAGCUUGGGUUAGGGCCUCUGCCCAACUCAAAUCUCCCACCCUGGAUGUCCAAUGAGGCCCAAUUCCAGGGCUCAACACAGGUCGUCUCCACUGGAAGGGGUUCGGCCCUUACCACCAACAAUGGAGUGCCAUUGCAACAGCAAGGGCUGUUGGAAUGAAGAACUGGAUCUGCGUUCUGCUGCCAUGCCAAACCUGCUUUCCUCCUGUAGUCAAUAAAGAUCUGACCUGAUUUCUCCCAAC